AUGUUUCAGCGCGGUGGUGGCAUUUCGCUGCUGCCCCCGCCCGCUAAGCGCCGGCGUAGCGAAGUGGACGGUGGCGUGCAGCGGAGUCGCGAGUGUCCAACCGCCGUUCGGGCGUUCCGCUUUGCCUCUGACGAUAUCGCCACACAGAGCGAACUGUGCAGCGCGGUGCUGCAGGUGCCGUCAGUGGGCAUCGCCAAGGUGGCACUGUCAGUGACCGCGACGGCAGCAGACGCUGCUCACCCCACAGCGGUGCUGACGUUGUGGAGCGACACCACGACGGCUGAAGCGGCGAAGACACUGCUGGACGCCGUUCGGAGUGACGUCGAUCGAGUGUUCGCGGAGCGUCAAUCCGGGUCGGAAGUGAGAGGCUCUCUCAACGAAAACGAGUUGCAGCCUCAAACGAUCGUUACGCGGUCAGAUGUUGCCUCCACAGCUACCUAUGUCGUAAAGCUGCUUGCAGGUUCUGUUGGUAGUGGGGGGACUGCAACGCUUUGCGUGCUUGCCAACGUGGGGUUUCGGCAAGUUGUCAGUGGUGAGUCAUUUGUGUUCCCCGUGCGGCGUGCUGAUGGCAUCGAUACCGAAACGCCCCUUUUGGCGCUUCCGUACCAUCUGGGCGACCCUCUCUUCUUUACGUGUACGCGGGUGCACUGA